AUGGCCUCGUCGAGCAUGGAGGCCGUGUCCAUUUUGGUGCCGCCGGGAACGAGCCUCUGGAGGAUCCGAAUUCGCUCGCUGAUUCUCUCCCGGCGGUGGCGGGCGGCCACGCUCUGUGGGUCGGUGGAGAUCCUAACGUUCCUUCUUUUAGGGGGCUUCACCGCCUCAGGGUCUAUGUGGAUCGGCUGCAUCGCGGCUAUACGGAAUAUCAUCUCACGCAUCGCCGCCAUAGAGCUCCGGCGAUCCCCUGCCUCGCCGGAGAACGAGUACAGAGAAGGAGACGAGAUCUGGAGAUUCUCCAUGGCUAUGUUGUUGUUGUUGGUGGUCGGAAUAUUGUUCCCGAAUUCCAUGAUCGGAGUUUCGUCGAACUCCGGCAGCUUCUCCAUCUGCAUCAGCAUCAUUUCCAUCUGCUCCUCGUUCACCGAUUUCAUCAAAUCCAUGAAAGAUCCGGAUGCGUAUGAAGUGACGUGA